UUCCGUGCGUUGUAGGUUCGCUCUGCACUUUUCGAAUUUGUUAAUUUGUAACACAGUGUUUUAUCGUAUUGUGUCAGAAAAACCACUAUUUUUCGACAAAUUUUCACUACUGGUACCAUUUUUUAUUUUGAUUUAUUAAUUGGAGCUUUUUUAAGCCUGCGAUAUCUGUUUUUAUUAUUCUGUUGGGAUCCGUUAGAAUGGAAACACAGGCCGUUGCAGGAGAGAAGUUCGAUGGCAAGCCAGCAGGGAGCACCAGCGAACCCAUUUCUCAUGACAAUUUGGAUAACCACAAACCAUCGCAGGGAUUAACCGAUACUUCAAAGGAAAUUGUGGGUGCUUCGCCAGAGCAGAAUAAAAAUGGUGAGCGGAAGGAGGGAUCUGUCAGUGGAGAAUCGAAAGACGGAUCUCUGCCAUCAGCCAACGAUACGAAUCAGGAUCCUGCCAAAACAUCGACUCCAGGCAAAACUGUUUCCGAAGAGGCGCAGAAAACUGCCGUGGAGGAGAAGGACAAAUCAGCCGCGGUGUCAGGAUCGGAUACUUCCUUGCUUAAAGUCUCCCCUCCCAAAGACGAGCGGAAAUCCCCCGCAGGUGCCUCCCCUCGUGCAUCCCGCUUAAGCCCCCGACCACCGGAGCCGAAGAAAUCCGAGGAGCCCGCCGACGUACCUGCUGCUACCACCAGUACCCCACCCGCUACUGCACAGAAGACGGAAACCGCUGCCGAACAGGAAGCCAAGCCCGAUCAGCCUGAAGGUGAUGUGGAGAUGAAGGAAACCGAAGCCAAGGAGGAGGAGGAGGAGAAAAUGGAUGUUGAUCAGGAAACCCCGGGAACGACUGCCGAAGGCACCGCUUCAGCCGAUGACAAGGAGAAGAAGGCUCCGGCCCGAGGGAAGGCCGCCGCAAAGCCGCCAGCGGAACCCAAACCCCGAGCGCCCAGGAACGCUGCACCGAAAGAGAAGCCAGCGCCCACUGAACCUUUGCGUCGCUCGACGCGUGCCAUUCCCCCGAAGCCAGCCGCCAAACCAGCUCCCGCGCCGUCUGCACGCGGCACCAAGCGGACCGCUUCGCCGGCCGCCAGCAAAUCCCCGGUGGCUAAAAGACCCGCCCCAGCCCCCAAGCCGGCGGCAAAAGUAGUCUCCCUGAAGAAACCGGCCGCCGCCACUACGGAAGCUGCUGCUGCUCCCAAGAAAGGCGGUCAGAAUGGGGUGGCCAACGCCAAGAAGGCCCCGGCGAAACCUCCGGCAGCGGGCACCAGGGCCAUCCCUUCACGGGCGGCCAAGAAAUAGACACAAAGAGAACAGGGACAAAAAGAACGGGAAUGGUUCCUCUUUCAUUCCACCGCUGCUGGGAUUUUUAAGGGUGUGGUUUCUCUCUAUCUGAGUAUACGGUACAACGGUCAGUAUCUCAUGUGGUUUUUUCGCUUUUCGUUUAUUCUCAUGAAAUAAACCCGUGUUUUUGUUGUAUCGAGAUCAUGGAUUUUGUCGAUUCGAUGUUUUGAAUUUUCAGAUUCGCAAAGCAGGCGUGUUUGGUUCCGACCGUUCAGUACUUAGCGAUUUUAGCAAUUUGUCGAAGCAGUAUCAUCAGUUCUUUUUGUUUGUAUUUUUAAGUUGCAACUUUUCUCAGCAUUUUGAGCACAUAGUAGUACAUAACUGUAUCCCGUGUAAUUGUAUUAUAGUUUCUCCAUCGAUAUCCUAGCUAUUCUCUGCAAUGUUGUGGUGAAGGUGUUUAAUAAAUGUAAUAUAUGA